UCUUCAGUAUAGACAGUCGUUCUCUUCGUCAAGGCAUUCCAUCCUCCCCGUAUGAUCUUAGAAAUGCACAAUUUUAGCAUUGUUAGAGGUAGCCUCUACUCAGAGCAUAGUAGUUAGCGCCUCUCUAUGGACGACUAUACCGACCUAAUAAACAUUGUGCAUUUCUACAGGCUAGACGACUCCAGGGGUGGCCGUGGGAGAUGGCUGGAAGAGCCAGAUUCUGGCACAUGGGGAGGAUAUUCAGCCCUACUCUAUAACAACACAGUGGCCUUUAUCUCUGCUCUUGUGCUUGUCAUCUAUCGUUUGUUAGGGAUUCGAUUUCACAAGAAUGUUGAAGAAACCUAUGAAUUACUUUACGCAAGUGAGUUAUCUCGAUCAAGCUGUGUUCAGAAGCCCCUGUCCAGACUCGAUUUUCUCACAAGACACUGAAAGCAACACAAAAUCCCAAAACCAAUAGACCAGUUGAAAUCGUGAUCAUCGUGCCUGCUC